AUGCUCCUCCGCAUCGGCCUCGCCGUCGGCUCCACGCUCCCCCGCCUCCCCCUCCCUCUCCCCCCGAUCCCGCCGCUCCGGCCCCACUCCUGCCGCCUCCUCUCCCGCCGCCGCGCCCUCCUCCUCCUCCCCCUCUCCUCCCUGCGCCCCUCCGCGUCGGCUGUCUCCUCCUCCGCCGCGAUGGCCGCGCCGCCGGUGUGCAGGAAGGUGCCGCGGAAGCUCGCGGAGCACGGGGACGUGCGCGUCGACGACUACUACUGGCUCCGCGACGACGCCCGCGCCGACCCGGACGUCCUCGCCCACCUCCGCGCCGAGAACGACUACACCGCCGCCCUCAUGUCCGAUACCAAACAACUUGAGGACGAAAUAUUCGCUGAGAUCCGAGGGAGAAUCAAGGAGGAUGAUAUAGAUGCGCCUCUGCGCAAGGGGCAGUAUUACUACUACAAAAGAACAUUGACCGGCAAGGAGUAUGCGCAACGCUGUAGGCGUCUUGUGCCGACCGAUGGCCCUGUUACAGUCCACGAUGAGAUGCCCACAGGCCCUGAUGCGCCUGCUGAGCAUAUUAUUCUGGACGAGAAUUUAAAGGCUGAGGGCCAUGACUACUACAGCAUUGGGGCUUUCAAGGUCAGUCCCAGCGGCAAGCUAGUUGCCUACGCAGAGGACACCAAGGGUGAUGAAAUCUACACUGUUUUUGUCGUUGACGCGGAGACUGGACAGUAUGUUGGGCAACCACUUAAAGCAAUUACUAGUGACAUUGAGUGGACUGGUGAUGAUAACCUUGUUUACAUAACAAUGGACAACAUUCUUCGACCAGAUAAAGUAUGGUUACACAAGUUAGGAACUGAUCAAUCGGAUGAUACAUGCCUGUAUCAUGAAAAGGAUGACACAUUUUCACUUGGUCUUCAUGCUUCUGAAAGCAAAAAGUAUUUAUUUGUUGGAUCUGGAAGCAAAAAUACAAGUUUUAUAUUUUACCUAGACAUACCCAGUCAGAGCAAGGAGCUCGCAGUUUUGACACCUCGUGUAGAUGGCAUUGAUACAACAGCAAGUCACCGUGGAAACCAUUUCUAUAUUACAAGGAGAAGCGAAGAAUUCUACAACUCCGAAUUGGUUGCUUGCCCGUUGAAUAAUGUAGCUGAGACUACUGUCUUGCUACCGCAUAGAGAAAGUGUGAAAAUUCAGGAUGUCCAACUCUUUGAGAAUCACAUUGCUGUAUAUGAGCGUGAGAAUGGUCUACCGAAAGCAACUGUCUAUCGCCUACCAGGCACUGGAGAGGCAGUUGGGCAACUUCAGGGAGGACGGGCAAUUCAUUUUAUUGAUCCAGCAUAUGCAGUGGAACCUGAGCCAUCGCAGUUCCAUUCAAAUGUUGUUCGCUUCUACUAUAGCUCAAUGAGGACGCCACCCUCUAUCUUUGACUAUGACAUGGAUACAGGGGUGUCGGUAUUGAAGAAAAUUGACACUGUUUUAGGUGGAUUUGAUGUGUCAAACUAUGUAACAGAGAGAAAAUGGGCUGCUGCUUCUGAUGGAACUCAGAUCCCCAUGUCCGUUCUUUACAGAAAAGAUAUGGUGAAACUUGAUGGCUCAGACCCCAUGCUGCUAUAUGGAUAUGGCUCGUAUGAGAUAUGCAUAGAUCCGACUUUCAGGGGAUCUAGGUUCUCUCUGGUGGACAGGGGUUUCAUAUAUGUGAUAGCUCAUAUCCGUGGAGGUGGUGAAAUGGGCCGGAAUUGGUAUGAAGAUGGGAAGCUGCUGAAGAAGAAAAACACUUUCACUGAUUUCAUUGCCUGUGCUGAGCACUUGAUAGAAAACAAGUACUGUACGAAAGAAAAGCUUUGCAUCAACGGAAGAAGUGCAGGUGGCCUGUUGAUGGGGGCUGUCCUAAAUAUGAGGCCCGACUUAUUCAAAGCAGCUGUUGCUGGGGUGCCUUUCGUCGAUGUUCUCACAACUAUGCUUGACCCAACUAUCCCGUUGACUACAGCUGAAUGGGAGGAGUGGGGUGAUCCAAGGAAAGAAGAAUACUACUAUUACAUGAAAUCCUAUUCUCCUGUUGAUAACGUAAAAGCACAAGACUAUCCCCACAUUCUCGUCACUGCUGGCUUAAAUGAUCCUCGCGUGAUGUACUCGGAGCCUGCUAAGUUCGUGGCGAAGCUGAGGGAGCUGAAGACAGACGACAACCUCCUGCUGUUCAAGUGCGAGCUUGGCGCCGGGCACUUCUCCAAGUCGGGGAGGUUUGAGAAGUUGCGAGAAGAUGCCUUCACCUACGCAUUCAUCCUCAAGGCGCUGGGCAUGAUGACUCCAACAACAGCUUCUUCGCUGUGA